UCCCAAGCACCAACUACUCAAAACAAAUAUAUCUUUUCACUCUCCAAAAUGAUUCUCUCCAAAAACUUGUCCACUUUCUGCUUCCUUUACGCUCUCUGCUUUCCCCUUGCCAAUGCAGCUACAUUUGUUAUAACAAACAAUUGUCCCUACACGGUUUGGGCUGGGGCUAAACCUGGUGGUGGUAUGCAGCUCAACCCAGGGGGUGGAACUUGGACCUUUGAUGUUAACGCAGGCACCACAGGGGCUCGUAUUUGGCCAAGGACUGGGUGCAAUUUCGAUGGGGCUGGGCGUGGCAGCUGCCAGACCGGUGACUGCGGUGGGCUUCUACAAUGCCAAGCCUAUGGUGCACCCCCAAACACCCUAGCAGAAUACGCAUUAAACCAGUUUAACAACUUGGAUUUCUUUGAUAUCUCUCUUGUGGAUGGGUUUAAUGUUCCCAUGGAAUUUAGUCCCACCUCUAAUGGGUGCACUCGUGGGAUAAGAUGUACUGCUGAUAUCAACGGGCAGUGCCCCAAUGAGUUGAAGGCUCCCGGUGGAUGUAACAAUCCAUGCACUGUAUUCAAGACCGAUCAAUAUUGUUGCAAUUCUGGAAACUGUGGGCCUACAGAAUUUUCUAAAUUUUUCAAGGAUCGUUGUCCCGAUGCUUACAGUUACCCUAAAGAUGACCAAACUAGCACAUUUACAUGCAAUGGUGGGACUAACUACAAGGUUGUGUUCUGCCCUUGAAGCAGUGCCCCAUAGAACUAGUACCUACCUAGGUACGUAGUAUUUAUGUGAUGAUGUAAUAAAAGCUUUAAGGUUGCUUGGUGAGCACACCUUGUAGUGUGCAAAACGCAAACGCCAACCUUGGUACUGAGAGAUGAUGAUGUCAUAAUAAUAUAUCCACGAAAGACUAAAUAUAUAAAAUAACGUUUCUAAACUA